AUGUCCAACUCCGAAAACCCGCUGAAACACUGGAUACAGGGAGAUGGCUCCUGGUUCUACUAUGUGUCGUAUGGGACAUUUUUUGUGACCUACUUUGUCCUUAUCUGCAUUCCAAGUGUUCGCCGAAAGACGCCAGGAAAUUACAUCUGCCUUGCAGUAUUUACGCUUGCCUUCUCCUACAUGGUUGGGACCAUUUCCAGUUUCUACACGACGAAUAGUGUGCUGGUUGCAGCUGGAGUUACGACCCUUGUUUGUCUCUCCAUCUCCUUGUUUGCCAUUCAGACCAAAAUUGACUUCACGAUGUGUGCUGGAUUUCUCUUCGUUCUCGUGAUGGUCCUCUUCUUUUUCGGCUGGUCGUGUCUGUUCAUCUUCUACACGGUUGGAUAUAGCGCGAUUCUUGAUGCAGUGUAUGGUGGACUAGCGGCCCUUGUUUUCGGUCUGUUCCUGGUGUACGACACCCAGAUGAUUAUGGGAGGCCGGAAGAUCGAACUGUCGCCAGAGGAGUACAUCUACGGAGCUCUCCAGCUGUACAUCGACGUCGUCUACCUUUUCCUCAUCCUCCUGUCCUGCUUUGGCAAGAGCAGCUAAGUCGACGUCAAGAAGAACAUUAUCGUGUGGUCAUUAUGGAAAAAUUAAUUUAUAAACAAUUGCUUGAUGAAGUGGAUUGAAUUUUAUGAAAAAGUGAACUUAGAUCACACUAGAACCAAUUUUGUUUAGCUUUUUCGUUAUUAUUCUGUCGUGCUUUGGCAAGUCGAGGUCAAGCAAGAACAUUAUUGUGUGGUCAUUAUGGAAAAAAUAAUUAUAAAUAAUUGCUUGAUGAAGUAGUUGAAUUUUAUAUUAUCAUGUCGUUAUUAUCAAAAAUUAUAAACAAUUGCUUGAUGACCUGAUUGAAUUUUACGAAAAAGUGAAAACAAGUCGCAUAUGAUUAUGGAAUUAAUUUAGAAGAAGAAGAAAUGUUUUAGUUAACAACUCACUCGACACAUUUUAAUUACAGUUAUAUGGUGUCGGACAUUUAGUUUAUAAUUCCACCUUGACCUUAUAUUAUGAUUAUGAUGAAAUUAUUUGCUUUACAUAUAUAUGUAGAGAGAGAGAGACAGAGAGACAGACAGACAGAGAUCUUUAUUAUCCACAUUAUCCUAAUUAUUUUUUAUGAAUAAUGAGGACCAUGUCAAAACGUUUCAAACGUAACUAGGAAACAACAAACUGAUGAAAUUUUGCAAACAAUAUUUUCAAAUAUUUAGAUGAAAGUAAUCAUCAUGAUGAUAAUAUUUGUGGAAAUGUAUGAUAUAAACUUCAACUGGAAAAUGGCAUUAAAGGCUUUUGUUUGAUCUUUUGGCAAACAGUCUGUCUUACCGGAUGACAAUAAUAAUAAUAUUGUCGUAAAUAUUCCAUGAAUUUUUUUUGUUUUUUUUUUUUUUUGUAUAGUUACAAGUUUUCAUGUUUUAAAAAAUGUCAGGUGCGGAUUUAGGCAUUUUUGCUCAGAUAAUUCAUUUUGUGUUUUAUUUACCAAAUGUUCAGCAUUAUUGUGUUUUCCCUAGCAUGGUGCGGCGCCAUUCCUCAGAAGUCUUAACACAAUCUUGCCUUAAUCAGCGCCGUGCUGCCCUGAGAUUAAACAAGCCUUUUUUAAUAAUCAAUUCUAAAAUUGCCUAAGUUUAUAAAACACUCAGAAAAUGUGUUAUUAAUUAAUAAAUUAUGUCCAUUGUAUAUAUUUUUGCCAUUCAUCUAUCAGUGGAGUAGCCAGCAUGAGGCAGAAGGCGAAUUUCCCCAGAUUUCCCUCCCCCCCACCAUGACGCUGAUAUUUAUUUUACAGGUCUGGGUUUGCCUUGGCAUUUUUUUCUCUGGCUACGCCCCCGAUUUAUUAAUGCAGGCACAUUUAUUACAUUUAUAUUUAUUUCAAUUAAUUUGUUUUGCCUUUAAUGAAAAACCAAGUGCCCUGAGAAUGGUGACUAUUCCCCGAAAGUAUUUAGUCUUAACAUACCUUACUAAACUUCUUGGGAAAACACUACAUUAUAUACAUGUAAGUGACAAAACUCUAGCACCGCACCUUAAUGGAUAUAACCCCAGACCUACUAGCUACCUGUAGGUUUGAAGGAUAUUUUUUUUAAACUCCCCCCCCCCCCCCCCCCCCCCCCCUGCUCACAAAUGUUCUCUGUUUUUAAAAAAUUAUUUUCCGGGGGAGCAUGACUCAACUCCCCCAUAGGUUUUGCUCACCACAGUCUAGAUACCACCUAUUUCAUAAAUUUUAGCACAUGGCAAAUUUUAUUUUAAUUUGGUGAAAUAAUUGAUUUUUUGUUAGAAAAUAACUGGUAUUUUGCCAUCCCCCAACCACUAAUGGCAAAAUCCUCCUGUGGCCCUGGCUGAACCUCCACAACCAACCUCCUUUUCCCUCUCUACAAGAGCUAAAUUAAAAAUUAAUUGAACUCCUUUUCAUUUUAGACUGCCCGUUCAAAGUUUUUUUAAUUAUAAUUUUAUUUUUUACAUUUUAGAAAUGCACAAAUAAGUUACUAUUUAAAAUUCCCCUAUUACAUUUAGAGUAAUUAUUCAAAAUUGUUCCCGUAAUUUUCUCUCCCGAGACAGAUUUCUGGCUAUCCAGAGACCGGCCUCGGGACAGACAUGCUUGAAGCUUUAGAGGCGUGUGAGCAUGACUAAACUCUACCUGAACCUGAACCUGGGAUUUUGCCCAUUUUUAAGUUGAAAUAAAUAAUUUGGCCAAAUGUUCUGCUUCCCCAGAGCUAGCUCUGCAACCUGCUGAACUUAGGGUUUUUUCUUGGUAUAAUUCUUAAAGGGACAGUCCUGAGUUUGAUGCAUUGUAAGAUGUUUCUCUUAAAGGGACAGUCCUGAGUUUGCUGCAUUGUAAGAUGUUUCUCUUAAAGGGACAGUCCCGAGUUUGC